AUGGCUGUCUAUCAAGCAACAGCAACACCAAAACCGAAAGCCAAAGAAACGCCAAAACCGAAAGCAUCUCUAGCCAACGGUGUCCAAUCACUGUCCAUACAGGAAACACCCAAGGUCAAGAGCAAGAACAUCGAUGUCAUAUCCGAGUUCAAAAAGAUCAAACGGAAAAAUGCUGCCAACUUUGUCGUUAUCGGCCACGUUGACGCGGGCAAGAGCACGCUUAUGGGCCGACUACUCUUCGACCUGAAAGCCGUGGACCAGCGAACAAUGGACAAAUAUCGCAAAGAAGCAGAGAACAUUGGCAAAGGGUCUUUUGCUUUCGCCUGGGUCCUCGACCAAGGCACCGAGGAACGAGCACGUGGCGUCACCAUUGACAUUGCAACCAACAAAUUUGAGACGGACAAAACUAGCUUCACCAUCCUCGACGCACCAGGGCACCGUGACUUCGUACCCAACAUGAUCGCCGGCGCCAGCCAGGCAGACUUUGCUGUGCUUGUCAUCGACGCGUCGACAGGAAACUUCGAAUCCGGUCUUCGAGGCCAGACGAAAGAACACGCCCUCCUCGUCCGAUCGAUAGGCGUGCAGCGCAUCAUCGUGGCCGUCAACAAAAUGGACGUCGCAGAAUGGUCGCAUGCACGGUUCGAAGAGAUCCGGCAACAAAUGUCCGGGUUCCUGACUGGCGCCGGCUUCCAGCCCAAAAACAUCUCUUUCGUCCCCUGCUCGGGCCUCGGGGGAGACAAUAUACUCCGCCGCUCCUCCGACCCCCGAUCAUCAUGGUACAAGGGCGCCACGCUAGUCGAGGACCUCGACCUCUCCGAACCGUCCACGCACGCGCUGGACAAGCCCCUAAGGAUGACGAUAAACGACGUCUUCCGAGGCGGAGUGCAGAACCCCCUGUCCGUUUCGGGUCGUCUCGAGUCCGGCACGGUCCAGAUCGGCGAGCAAGUCAUGAUCAUGCCCAGCGGCGAAAAGGCCCAGAUCCGCAGCCUCGAAGUCGACGACGAGCCUCAGGAGUGGGCGGUCGCGGGUCAGAACGUCGUGCUCAACCUCACGGACAUCGAUGCCAUUCACAUCAAGACCGGAGACGCCCUAUGUAGCGCGACGGCGCCGAUCCGCAACGUCCGAGAAUUCAAAGCGAAGAUCCUGGCCUUUGACCAUCUCACGCCCAUGAACAUCGACGUCCACAAAGGACGAUUGCACGUGCCAGGGCGGAUAUCCCAACUCGUCGCUACCCUGGACAAGGCGUCCGGCGCCGUGCUAAAGAAGAAGCCCAAGAUCGUCCAGCCCGGCACCGUGGUGAGGGUGGUCGUGCAGCUGGACGAGGCGGUGCCACUGGAAGCUCCGUCGAGGGUGGUCCUCAGGUCGAAUGGAGAGACGGUGGCUGCAGGCUUGGUCGAAUAA